AUGGCAGUGAGUGGAGAUGCUCCGGCCAGCACUGGAGAUACUUGCAGCAACUUGCAGUCUCGCAUCGUCAUGGGGCAUUGGGAGAAUGAAACGAAAGCUGGCAAACGACGACGUAUCCGGGAAAUCAAAAGUAACACUACUUCUGUUACUAGUUGA